CAAACAAAUAAAAAAUAACAAUUCAAAACCUGUAUAAAUAGGGGGAAAGAAGUGCCUACCUGCUCAUACGCUUUCUUUCUACUUCUCAUUGAGAUAUAUCUUCUUCUGCAAUCGACUCCUACAGAAAAACUUUGUGAGAAAAUGGAGAAGAAGGGAGUGACACUGUCGGUGGCGAUCGUUGGUUACUUGGUUCUAGGGUUGCUGCUGGGGCAGUGUAGUGCCGUCGAAAAUCCAGAAUGCUACGCCGGCUGUCUGAAUAAAUGUAAGAGCAGCAGAGGUAUGAUGCUUCUCGCAUGUGGUAGUGCAUGCGCCCUUCAAUGCCUGUUCUCAAGUCCUUCUUUACUCAGUGUUCCCAAAGACAAUCACUAUUUCUGCAAGCUUGGAUGUUCCGCUUCCUUGUGUAACAAUUUCUUGGAUGCAGAAAACCCAGAAAUUACAGAAAAAGUUGGCGGAUGUAUGGAUUCUUGCUCAGACAGAUGCGCUACCAUGAACACCAUGAACUUACCACCUAAUAACAAUUAGUGUUAAGAUAAUCCUAUUUUGUAAGGCUAAUAUGGAAUUAAAAUAAUAAAUGGCAAAUCAUAUUAGGUAA